AUGCUGUUCCUAUUUUUGCUCGCAAUUUUUUUCAAUAUAACAAAUUCGUCGAAAUACACUGAUGAGUUCAUUUUCGAUGUUGAAUUGACGUGCAAUUUGCGAAAUCGAGCUUUUUGGACGUUUUCGGUUCAGUUUUUUGAUCGAGACAGCUUUUUAAACCCUGAUGAUUCAGUUGGCCCGGAAAUACAUCACGCCCAUCGGCCGGGAACGGCGAAGUUCCGAAUCACUGGAUCGCAAACAGAAGACGAGUUUUUCAAUUAUAACUACGAAAUUUAUGCGAAAAUUUUUCACGAUUGCACUGAGAGUCAUCAAAGUGUUCAACUGAUUAUCAAUAUCACCCCAUUAUGCCAACAUUACAGGGAUUGCCACUAUAAGCUUCAAGCAAAUCUGGAGAAUAGUUGGGGAAUCGUAGGACGCCGAAUUUUUCUGAAUAUGACCGACGACAAUGACUAUCGCAAGUAUGUGCAUUGUAUAUAA